AUGCCGACGCCGAUGCCGCUGCCGGUCCCUCGCAGCGGCGCGGCGACCCCAACGUACCCGCAGAGCCCGCUCCGCAUCACGCACGACGGCGAGUUCUACGCGCGCCUGCUCACCAAGGAGAGCUCCCUCGCCAACCCCUCCUUCCGCUACUACGGCGCCGGCCCUGGCGCCGUGCCCUUCGGCUGGGAGUCCCAGCCCGGCACGCCCAAGGACUGCGCCUCCUGCAGGAUCACGCUCUCCUCCUCCGCCGACGUCCCGGCCAUCACCCCGCCGCCGUCCUACCACCUGCGGGCCCCCGCGGCGCUGCACGGCCACGGCAGGAAGGGCCGCAGGGGUCCCGCUGGAGACAAGGGCUGCGCCGUCGCCGGCGAAAGGAGCAAGUACUGUUGCGGCUACAGGAAGCUCAGGUGGAUCAAGAUCGGCUUCAUCGCCGCCCUGUUCCGCCGGAUCGCGCUCGGCCGCUCCCGGGUGUCGUCGGCGGCAGAGACCUCGUCCGCGGCGUCGGUGCAGUCCUCCUCCACCCGCUGGCUCUUCUCCGGCGGCUCGAGCAGCAGCUGCCUGGAGGAAACCGGCGGCCAGCACUACUACCACUACUACGACCCGGCGCUGGCGACGAAGGGAAUGCUCGACCUCGGACUCGGAGGGGUCCGGCCGAGCCCGUGGACCGUGCAGUUCUGCGGCGGCGGCGCCAGGAGGGAGGCCGCCGGCUGGCAGUAG